CGUAACUGUGCUGCUUCUAUUUCAAGCAUUUAAUAUCUUUGAAGGAGUUUAGUUUACUUGUCUGAUCGCAACGUCAAUAUUGUUAGGUUGAAGUAGUCAAUUCAACAUUAAAUAAUUACUGAUUCUAUAGUGAAACAGGAACCGAUAAUUUCUGCAUUUGUGUCCGCAAAACAAUGGAGGAACGAAGGCUGCUGUGAAUAUGUGAUGAUCUACAAAUUGUUUCUCUUCGCCUCGCCUUCCUUGAAUCUAGAAACCAACUCUGCUGGUAAAAAAAAUACCAAAGGACUGAAAAUGCAGACGAUUGGGUGAGACGGAUCAGUGCUUUCAUCCGACUGCUUAUGAGCAGGCUUCAGGCCCUGUUUGGAUUUGAGAUCCACCAUCAUUGGCUGAGUUUGGUCGUGGGCCAAGAACUAUGUUCACUUUCCUCUUGUUAACUGAUCACUAACCACAAACAGCGGCGAUGCAGUCACUGAACGUCAGCUAGAGCCCCAGCUGCAAAGUUAAUCUCAACAUACUGAGGGAAUCGUUCUUUUCAAAUGCCGCAACUGUCUCGGGAAUGAGUCGGUUAUGUUCUGUUUUGUUCCAACUCUCUUUUUUCGCAGUUCUGGGAGCCCAGAUCGUUAAGGUGGAGGAUUUUGUAACCGGAAUCGCUGGCGAUGAAGUCAGGCUCCCCUGCUAUUUUAUCCAUUACACCAGGAACCUGACGUUGGUGCAAGUAACGUGGUUAAAGAAAUCUAGGAUUGGGAAUGUGAACCUGGCUGUGUAUAACCCACAGUUUGGGACAAGUUACCCAAAUGGAUCCGACAGAUUCAGUUUGAUCAAUGUAACCGCUCCAAACUGCACGCUGACCAUCAACCCCUUGCAGCUGAGUGACGAAGGCCUUUACAACUGCGAGGUUAACACAUUUCCCAACGGCAAGCAAGAAUCCCAAACAAAUUUGACCGUUCUAGUGAAGCCUUUGACGGAGGUGGUCAUGGUCCGAGCAGAUGCCGUAUCGUCAGAAGUACCAGUCGCAAACUGUACGGCAGCCAACGGGAAACCGGCGGCAGAUAUAACUUGGAGUGAUAGAAUUCCAGGGAACGUCACGUUUACAAGGAUUGCAAAUGCAGAUGGGACGGUGACCGUUCUCAGCCAAUACAAAAUAAUACCAACCAGUAAAGACGACGGGAAGAAAGUGGCCUGUCUUGUGUCGCACAAAGCGUUCACGGAUGUGAUGAAUUUGACUGUGACAUUCUCAGUUCGGUACCCACCGGAAGUAACAAUUACAGGGUACGAUGGUAACUGGUAUGUAAAGAGUUCCAGACAUAGCCUCGAAUGCCUUUCGAAGGCAAACCCUCCAGUUACAAGCUAUCACUGGACAAUGUCCACGGGGCCUUUGCCUCCUACUGUCCAGGUCAAACGUAAUCGUUUGUUUAUAACAUAUGUCGAUUAUUCUCUCAAUGGCACGUGGGUCUGUGAAGCAACAAAUGCCAUUGGAAAAGGAAGGGGUGAAGUUGCAAUUGUGGUACAGGAGCUGGAUUCGAGAAUUGCAGGGGAGUCCUUCGCUUCCACUCUGGUCUAUAUUACCGUAGGGACGCUGGUUGUAGUGCUGCUCAUAGCUGUCUCACUGACUAUGGUGGUAAAGAAAACGAAACGGAGGAUUCCUGACACCAAGGAAGAAGUGAAUUCUUGUCCAAGAAAGGACAAUGACUUUGUUGUAUUUGCAACUCUGAACCUUAAGGUUUCAGAAAAUUCCCAUUCAUCAAGGAAAGAGGAUCAUAAUCCAGAGACAACGGUGCACGCCGAUAUAAGCAUUGAUUAGAUUCUGCUCCCUUAUUAUGAGAAUAUCAUUUAAAACUAAAGACACUAUCAGAUAUCCGCUAACUCAAUCCUGUGCUGUUGCAACUUGUCAAUAUCCAGACGGAAUAACACUGCAGAAUAACCCUAGGAUUAUUGACCUGAAUGCUUCAAGUUAGAAGCGGGUUUGUGUGGUGUUUGUGCGUUAUUCCUAAUUCCAGUAAUAAUUUCUUUGUCAAAAUAUCAAUUCGUUCAGAAGCUCCGUUGCUGGUGAGAAAUAAAAGAAAUGUACCACCCUAAUCAAGAACUAU